CGUUACGCCGUGAGAACGUAUACUCGCAAAGCAGCGAGGCUCCGUGUCGUUGUGAUUGUCGGGACUUCAAAUCGGGCAAAUUUCCAGUAAAGUGCUAAAGGAGCCUUUAAACCAACAAUAUUUUUUAUUGCAAUAUAGGGAUAUUACUAUGGCAACUAUCGCCCAGCCUUAAUGAUCAAAUUGCCCGUCUAUAAUAUCUAGGUUAAGAAAUUUACAGCCAGGCACCCCUUGCUACAACGCUACAACUAACAAGCAGUUUUUUUUCUUACCACGGACAAAUAUAAUAUAGAAUCAAUUCAGACGUUUCCAUCAAUUCUAUAUUCAUUAACAUUCCUGUAUUAAUAUUAAGAUGCUCAAUGCGUUCGCUUCGCCCGGGUCUACCCUAUGUGUGAAAUCAAUGUUUCCCCAGACGUUUCUUGGUAAAACCUUAAUUUGACGGCACUAAAGUCGCCGUUGAGCAUCGGCGCCUAGCGACGUCGGCGCCUCGUUCCACCGUCACUGCCAACAAAAAUGGCGGACAUCGUCGGGGUGCUCUGCUAAACAGCUGUUUGAUAUCAUAGGAAAAUCCAACUUUUCCUUGGUUACGUGGAAUGAUGAGGUGGUCAGCCAGAAGAAAAGUGGGUUGUAUGAGCAGAAGAUGAGGAGAAACGCUCACAGCCAGUCUUCCAAUUUGCAACUAGCAGACCAAGGAGAUGACCAGGAUUGUAUCAAUGCUUCUUCUGGAGCUUCUGCCAUUGCCUCCUCGCCUUCACAGAUACUGGAUCGAGUCCAAUCGGAUCGCGUGACAGUGACAAAACCCGAAGAGGACCGACGGAGGCGCACCAUCAUCGUAGAGAAAAAGAACGACAGCUUUGGUUUUACAUUACAAAGUUACGGGAUACAUUACAAGAGAGAAAAAGAAAUUGAGAUGAUCACCUACGUGGACUCUGUGGAUUAUGAUGGACCGGCCUACAAGGCCGGCAUGAGGGAAGGAGACGUCAUCUUAUCCAUAAAUGGAACGGAUAUGGAAAGAGCAGAUCACAAAACAUUAGUGAACUACAUCAAGAACUGUGAAUCAAGAAUGAGAAUGGUAGUCCUAUUCGAAGAUUGCGUCCGAAAGGUGGAACUCCAUAUGAAAUACAUCCAACUGCAACGCCUCCUCCAAGCGAAAAUGGACGAACUGGACCGCUUGUGCAUCCGCGAACGCAAUCUACUGGAAGGCAAAUGGAAGACGCACAGUCUGCCCGCCCGCAAGAAGGCGUCGUCAUCGAUUAGCGCCGCAUCUGGAGGGGAAGUAAUGGGAAGUGGAGGGGGUGCGACCACGCCCACUCAGCCGCCGUACGGGACGUACUGUAGGCCUACCGUGUCCACGGAGGAUGUGGCCAAGGUUGCUAGGCAACACGAGACGAAACAUGUGCAACAGCCGCCACUGGUGUUCGCUUAUCAGUAUAUGGACACGCAUUAUAGAUAUAUGAUCCACCCCGUAUCCAGUUCCAGCGGAGAAUAUCUGCUAAGUUUUGAACCACCAAGGUAUAAAGAACAAGGUCAUACCUCAAAACCUCCCACUGAAAAGCAGUCGAGGGGAAACCAGACAACAAGAAAUACAACGACAUCUGAAAAGCCUAAGAAAACACACGGCCCUUAUUACAACUAUGCGGGACAACUUUGUAAUCCUUGUCUCCAGGUGUCAAAUAACGGUGACAAUACAAGCCUAGAUGCCUACGACCUAGCUAGUCCGUGUUGCGACCCCAGGUGCGUGCCUUCAAGUCGACGUAGGUCUCGAAGCCACAAGGACCCCAACAAGAAAAGAGAUUCUAAGACUGAAGAGACUCAGACAGACCCUCAACAGACGAGGAACCGAAAUACAUCACAUUCCCAACAGAACACCGCGCAACACUCAUCGCAACGAGAGACUGUUCAAAGUUACUCAGCACCGCGGAGGUACUUCCAGAUCGGGGCAGGCCUAGUUAGUCAAUGCAGUCUACAUUCCUGUACAUCUAGUGAAAUUAGCAACGUAGUGCCAACCACGAUGGGCGAAAGCUCCGUGAACAGCUACACGACAUCCUUGAGCACCGAUACGCUUUAUUGGGACGGUUCCUGUGAUAACUCUAGACAAUUAAGUUUGAAGUCCAACAAGCACGAUCAACACCAACACCACCAAAGAUACUCUUCGACGUCUUCAUCCCAGCACCAAGAUCAACCAAUCUACGUCCAAUACGGUCAGGUGAAGCCUAAGUCAUGGGACAAUCUUACCACCAAGGCCAUUGGGGGCUAUGGGUUCGGUUACGGAUACUUGGACACCACCGCAAAGAAGACCAAGUCCCAAGGCACGCAGUACGUGAGGAGUGAUAGUAAGCCAAGUGGUGGGGGAAGUAGCAGUGGUAGCUCAACUCAAACUCAUUAUACUCAACAUGUUCAUCGGAGGUGAGUUUUGAGGAGCAUGGAACCCAAAUUAGAAUAAAUCUAUGUAAUGGCAACCUUAUUGCGUAAAAAUUGCUGUCAAACACAAAAUUCGUAUUAUGUACCACCUACAAACUAUGUAACCUAUAUGCCGCAAACGCCACCUAUGCAGAGAUAGUGCAAUGACCGUUUUGCUGUCGUUUUGGUAAAAUCAUUGCAAAUGGAUGUUGUCAGCAUCAUCACUGGUUUCCUUCCUGCUAGUCUGCUACCAAAACGGAAAAGAGUAGCAUAACACACCGUAUACCAGUUAACACGACGCGCAUCGAUACAAAGGCUACCGCGUCAGCAGUGGUGUACGAUGUGCAUUUUAACUUCGUCUACUAGCGAGAACAUAUUGUAGUCGCGUAAAAUUUCGGAAAUGAGAUUAUGUUUUCUUGAUAUUAUAUCAUGGAAAAUCAUGUUACUCAUUUUAUUUUAUAACUUGGGAAGUACCGCUUGAAUUUUGAUGAAAUUUACUGCUAUGCCAAGGACGAAAAAAAAGAGAAAAUUGAAAACGCUCAAAGUUCGUUUUUUAGCGUUUCAUAGACUCCAUAUCAUUUUUAGAACAUUUUGUAUAGGGGCUUGCGGGUUGUAGGGGGUGGGCGAGGGUAUAUCUCAUUUUUUUGUCGGGAUUAUAGUACGAUCUUCACACAUCAUUGCCCGAUCUCAAGUUAUAGUAUCGUGGCUGGUGCUUAUGGCAUGCUUGACUGGUGUGGUUCAGCACCGUUGCCAUAUAGUCGAUACUUAGGGCAGGGAAGAAACUAGCGUUAGCGUUAUUAAAUGGAGUAUAGACUAAUUACAUGAGUCCGUUUGGCUGACUUGAUCCGUUUAAUUUUCUCUUAUAUAUGUUUGUAGCUCGCUCUAAGCGACUUCAACCGAACGCAAUCCUUUAUGAAGUGAUGACAGCGUUGCGUGGGAAGUGCAGAGUCAAUCUACCUGACGCCAUUUUUUACGAAAUAAGGAUGCCGUUAAGAAACGCAUGUUGUAGCUUUGUUUAGAAACCUUCGUAGAAGACAAUUCCAGGUGAAAUCAGGUUAUGGAUCAUUUCAGGCUUUUUGUGCGUAAGUCACUCAGAAAAACCUGAAGUUUUUCAAUGUAUCCACCACUGUUUCAUAUGUUUUAUAUCACUGCCACAUGCCAUCAAAACUUUUAGAUAUUCGAGCGUAAUGUUCAUAAAAAAUGAUGUUAUUACUCAUCUUGAAUAUCUUAAACUAUGGCCCCCCAUUUCUUUCAGUUACUUGCACGACGAUCUUGGAAAAUUAUCAGUUAUAAAAUGUUUUGACAGAAACAACUAUUUGAUUAUCCUCCAUGUUUGUCUGGCCGCUAAAUGAAUCUACAUAUGCUGACCACAUUUUUUUAAAAAAUAAACAAGAAAAUGAUAAUUAUAAAGCUUUCGUAAUAAAAUCAGAUAUUACUGAUCACUAUAGUACAGUAUCAACUCUACCCCUCAGCCUUGCAGAUUUUAUACAUACUAACCCUAAUAAAGCCAAGUAUAAAGAAUAUAUAGACUAUGAAAAAUUAAUAAUAGACUUAAAAUCUGAAACCUGGAACAACUUAUAUAAUAUAAGAAAUGUCCACGCAGCAACUAAAUAUCUGACUGCAACAAUCACUGAAAGUAUAUCAAAAAAUACCAAGAAAAUUAAAAUAAAUCGUAAAGACCGUCCAAGAAAAAACUGGGUAACUGCUGGACUAAUUAAAUCAAUCAAUGAAAAAAACGAGAAAUAUAAAUUAUAUAAGACAAAUCCAACAGACGAAACAAAACAAAAUUAUUUGUACUAUAAAACUAAACUCUGUCAAUUGAUCAACAUUUCAAAACAAAAAUAUUACACAGAAAAACUACAAAACGACAAAUCCGACUCUAAAAUGCUAUGGAAUACCAUAAAUCAGAUCUGUAAUUCAUCCAAACCUGAAACAAAAGUUGAGGAAAUAAACGUCCAUGAUACAACACUUAACACAAGUAAAGAUAUUGCUGAUGCAUUCAAUAAUUACUUUAUAGAAAUAGGGAAAAGAUUAGCAAUGAAAAUAAAUAAACCUAACACAAAUAUUCCGCCUACAAAAUGUAUACAACAAUCGAUUUUCUUAGAACCUGUGUCUGAGAAUGAAAUACAAAAUGCCAUACACAGUUUGAAAAAUAAAAAAAGUCCAGGUCUUGAUGGUAUACGAUCAGAAAUAUUAAAGAGAAUUUCAUCCGAAAUUAGUAAGCCCUUAACGUACAUAGCAAACUUGAUAAUUGAAUCGGGAGAAUUUCCAGAUGAUUAUAAAGUAGGAGUAGUAAAACCCAUCCACAAAUCCGGUGAAAAAACAGAUACUAGCAAUUACAGGCCUAUAACUCUAAUAUCCAACUUUGCAAAAAUUAUUGAGAAAAUUAUAAAAACACGACUUCUAAAUUUUUUUGAUAAACAUAAUCUGAUUAAUGAAAACCAAUUUGGAUUCUAGAAAAACAAGUCUACCCAAGACGCAAUUUCUUUUUUGACAUCAAAAUAAUUAUACAAAUUACUGGACCAAAGUGAAUAUACCCUGUGUGUGUUUUUAGAUCUAGCCAAAGCAUUCGACACAGUAGACCACUUGCUACUAUUAGAAAUCUUACACGACUCAGGAAUUAGAGGCAAGAAUUAUAACCUCAUGACAAGUUACCUUUACAACAGAAUACAGUGCGUACAAAUAAAUAAUUCCUUAAGCGCAAACACAUUCAUAUCGUACGGUGUCCCACAAGGGACAGUGUUAGGCCCCUUAUUAUUUACACUUUACAUUAAUAGCCUACUGAGCUUAAAAUCUGAAGGGACAAUCAUAUGUUUUGCAGACGAUACUACUAUCAUUUAUUCGGAUAACAACUCGUGGGAUGAUCUAAAAGUGAAGGUUGAAAGAGACUUAACGAUAAUUGCAGACUGGUUCAGACAUAAAAGCCUAACUAUUAACUUUCAAAAGACUAUGGUCAUGCCAUUCACAAAUCACAGAAACAAAUUACCAUCCUUUGUAUCUAUACAGAUUAACUGUGAUAAUAUAAAUACUCAAAUAAAUUUAACAAACAAAAUGAAAUAUUUAGGUGUAUAUUUAGGCUCACAUUUAAAAUGGAAUAUACAUAUUGAUCAUAUAAUAACCGAUUUGAGACCAUUAUUGUUUAAAUUCGAGUAUCUAAACAAAUAUUUGAAUAAAAGAACAAUGAAAAUUUUAUAAGUUACGCAAUAUUAGGUUGGGGUGGAUAACCAAAUUAAUAAAUUAGAAAUUAUCCAAAAACAAUUUUUAAAAAUAAUCUUCAACAAACUACUCUUAUACCCAUCUCAUCUGUUGUAUUCUGAAGCAAAACUAUUAGACCCUAGGCAACAAUUUUUUUAUAAAAUUAUAAAUUAUCAAUUUCACGAUAGAAAUAACCUUAUUCCGUUAGAUCACUUAUCUCAAACUAGAAACAAAAUCAACAACAUUAAGCGAACACCUUUCACCUCAAAAAGUAUAGGCCAAAGAUGUCAUACUUACCUUUCCAGUAGAUUAUAUAACAUAUUACCAAAUUAUAUAAGAAAUAUUUCAAAUAAAACAAAAUUCAAAAUUGAAACCAAAAAAUUUAUAAUUGAAAAAAAUCGACAUCAAAUUGCAAACAUGAUACGUAUGACAGAAAUUUAAAAUGAAUUUAAUAGUAAAAACCCUCCAACGUUCAUAUACUCGUAUAUGUGUGUAUGUGUGCAUCUAUUCAUGUGUUUAUUUGUAUGAUAUAUGUAUAUAUGUAGUCGUAUAUAUGUGUAUAUUUAUGUAAAAAUUUAAGUUAAUACCCACGCACAAGAAUUUAUUCUUCUGUGGGUAAAUUCAGUUUAUUCACGUAUACCUAUAUUAGUUUUAGUUAUAUUUGUAUGUUACGUGAAUAAAAUUAUUAUUAUUAAUUAUUAUUAUUAUUACUUUUAAGAAACAUGACACCACGGUGUCACUAAAUAGUAAUUCAAGACAAACAUGGAGGUUUAUCGGCAUGAAAACCACUGGAUAAGUCUCAGAUGUCUUAUUAUCGGUAAUGCACGAAAACAAUUCCAAUCAAUCAAGUAACCCAACAAAGUUAUGUAAACGAUUUUCGAAAAAAUGCAAUCAAAAUAUGUUUAGAGUUCAAACGUAUCUGGAGGUAAGUACAUUCGCAAUAUUACAAACUUUAGGUUUCACCUUGAAUUGUAUAACAUCUGGCAAGCAGAUGACUUUUUGUAUAGAUGAAAAAUACUAGUGCCCUUCCGCAAUCUUUGUAACGGUCAUAUUAACUUUUGAGAGACAAAACAAGACACAAUUCAUCUAUACAAAAAUGGAAUGUCUUCAACAACUAUUUACAAUGUACAUAUUUUUAUUGAAUAGUACCCACACUGUUGUUGUGUGUCAGUACCAAGGCGCAUGUAAACUGCUGGAUUUGAAAAAUAUCAUGACUAGUGAGUGGAUAAAGUAUGUUAUCAUGAAAAAUGCAAUGUAUGGAAUAUGCUUAGAAUAGGCAUGAGAAGGAUUAAAAUAUGAAAAAAAAAUGAUACCAUUUACAGAGCUCGCUCAAAAUACUUUUCAAUGAAAUAAAUACUCUUCAUUCACUGAAAUAUCACGAUCUCAGUCAUGACAUUCAAUUUGUAAGAAAAUCAGCAUGUGAUUUCUUUCAUUAGACGAAUUGUAUAUUCAGCCUAAUUUUAGAUAUUAUUUAUAUUGUUCUCAUUGUUUUAAUGCUAUUAUUUAAAUAUUUUGUUAUGUAUAGUUUAUUCAUAUUAUUUGCAAAUAAAUAAUAAAUCAC